AUAUGUGGCCAUGUUGAAGUUUUAUUUGUAAACUGUAGCGAUUGAAAAUGAAAGUGCUAACAGACACUUUUCAUAAAAGUAAUGAUGAAGCUUUUACCUACGGUGGUACCCGAAAAGGAAAGUAUACAAACAUUCAUGAGUUAAUAGACUACAAACUAUCUCAGAUGAGUAAAAAUGAAAGAGGAUUCUUCAAUUAUUCAUUGUUUGGUCUUUCGGGCUUUGGUGUCGUUUCAGCGAUUGUCAUCAACAGUUUGUUCCGUAAAUCUUUAAUGGUGUAUGAAGGAGCGAUACUUACCUCAACCGUUGUACCUGUGCUUAGUUCUGCAUUUAACCUUAGUGCCCAAUCAGCCUUGGUGCAGACACCUAUAGUAAAGGGAACUGCAUGUUCUGUAUGCGCAACUGUUCGCGGAGGGGCCGUACAAACGAUAACCACAUGUUUGGUUCCUGCAGGAAUCUCUGUUGGCAUGGCUGCAGUGCUUGCUGAAAGAUACAAAUCAGCAGAAGUGCCUUCAUUUGGAUUUCCUCCUGACAAACAUUUCCGUAGUUUUUGGGCAAAAAUAUUUAAACAGGUAUUCCGUAAAGCCUCUCCACUAAUAUUUCUACAAGCAUUGCUUGGUGGGGUGGUUGCAUAUAGACAGCAUCAAAUUAUUGAAAAAGCAAAGAUGACCAUUACGAAAGAGGAGCUUCAAGAUUUAUGGCAAGAAGCAUCAAGAAAUAUAUCUGUUCUUCAGAGCAGUUGAAGAUUGUGAAACUAUUUCAUACUUUAAUGUGUAUUUAAUAUAUUUCUAAAUUACCUUCACUUGGUAACAAAGUCUUGAGAAAUAAUGUUGUGUUUAGAAGAUUGGAUACUUUGUUCUAAUUUUUUUUAGUACAAUCCAUAGUAUUGUUUGCGCCUUAACUGUAUUUAUGUUUCCGUUCUAAAGUGAAUAUAAAUUAGUAGGGUACAUUAGAACUUAUUUCAGAAAGUGUAUGGAGAAAAGGACUGUUUAGAUAAACUAUUUAAUGAUGGGAUAUCUAAAGCGGUGAACGACAAAAUAGUUAAAACGUAAUUUGGCAAAACACGGCAGGUAACAUUCUUUAUAUCUAUGAGAAACUUUGGGUGGAAGAAAAUCAUUCAAGCGUGAAAAACGUGGGUAAGAGAUUCCCGCCAUUUUUAACCAAGAUGCCGCCAAUUGCUUGCUAUUGUGACAAUUGAGCUUACGAAUCGCUUAUAUUUCCAGUCGACGUGAAUUUGCGAACUAAUAAACGUCCAAAGCUGAUUAUGUCUGAAGAAGCAGAUGCGGAACUUAAUGUUCAAAGUCCAGGAAUUGCAAGUAGCAGAAGCAGAAGAACAAAGAAGGACAAAUACGGAAGAUCGGCUGCUUUGCAAAAAUUAAAAGAAUCAAAAUCCACUGGACAGAGGAUCAAAUACGAGGUAUCUGAGAUAGAGAAUGUUUAUGAUGAAUUAAAUGAAGGAGAUUAUUGCGAUAAAGUUCAGCAAAGACUUGAAGAUGAUUGGAUAGUUGAUGAUGGAGCUGGAGAUUAUGUGGAGGAUGGGAGAGAGAUCUUUGAUGAGGAGAUUAAUGCUCCGGAGCAAAACAAAACAAGCAAGAAAACUAUCAAACCAACGAAUAAAAAGAAAAUAAAGUUGGUAAAGUCGAGCGAUAUAAAGAACAUGCUUCUGUCAUCUGGUGCAAAAAAGAAGGUUGAG